AUGGGCACUGAAAAUGUCUCUUUAGUGACUGAGUUUAUUCUGGUGGGAUUAACCAAGAAGCCUGACCUCCAGUGCCCCCUCUUCUUCUUGUUUCUAACGAUGUGUGUGGUCACUGUGUUGGGAAAUCUGGGUUUGAUCAGCUUAAUUGGACUGAAUUCUCACCUCCACACUCCAAUGUACUUUUUCCUCUUUAAUUUGUCCUUUGUUGACCUCUGGUACUCUUCUGUGUUCACACCUAAAAUGCUGAUGAAUUUUAUAUCAGAGAAAAACAUUAUUUCCUAUAGAGGAUGCAUGACCCAGCUUUUCUUUUUCUGUUUUUUCGCCAUUUCUGAGUGUUAUGUUUUAACCUCAAUGGCCUAUGAUUGCUAUGUGGCCAUUUGUAAUCCACUCUUGUAUAAUAUGGUCAUGUCUCCUAAGCUAUGUUUGAGCCUUAUGUUGAGUUCAUACAUGAUGGCAUUUUCUGGUGCCAUGGCUCACACAGGAUGUAUGCUAAGACUGAUCUUCUGUGAUGAAAACACUAUCAAUCACUAUUUUUGUGACAUCCUUCCUUUGCUUCAGCUCUCCUGCACCAGCACCUAUGUCAAUGAGCUGGAGGUAUUUGUUGUUGUGGGCAUUAAUAUUCUUGUUCCCAGCAUCACCAUCUUUAUCUCUUAUGGUUUCAUCCUCUCAAGUAUUUUUCAUAUCAUGUCCAAGGAGGGCAAGUCCAAAGCCUUUAGCACGUGCAGUUCCCAUAUAAUAGCAGUUUCUCUGUUCUUUGGAUCAGGUGCAUUUAUGUAUCUCAAACCAUCUUCUGCUGAGUCAAUGAAUGAAGACAAAAUCUCCUCUGUCUUUUAUACCAAUACAGUUCCUCUGCUGAAUCCUUUAAUCUACAGCUUGAGGAACAAAGAUGUUAAAGGUGCCUUGAUAACGACCCUGAGUAAGAGAAAGUGUUGA